AGGGUCUUUAACUAGUCACAUGAGGAUUCACACUGGGGAAAAACCAUUUUCAUGUGGGAACUGUGGAAAAAGUUUUAGUAACAAAUCGUAUUUAAUUAGUCACAUGCGGACUCACACUGGUGAAAAGCCGUUUUCAUGUGUGAACUGUGGAAAAAGUUUUGGUCGAAACGAGUCUUUAAUUAGUCACGUGAGGAUUCACACUGGUGAAAAGCCGUUUUCAUGUGUGAACUGUGGAAAGAGUUAUAGUCAAAAAACGAAUUUAACUCGUCACAUGAUGAUUCACACUGGUGAAAAGCUGUUUUCAUGUGGGAACUGUGGAAAAAGUUUUAGUCGAAAACCGGAUUUAACUCGGCACAUGAUGAUUCACGCUGGUGAAAAGCCGUUUUCAUGUGGAAGCUGUGGAAAGAGUUUUAGUCAAAAAACGAAUUUAACUCAGCACAUGAUGAUUCACACUGGUGAAAAGCCGUUUUCAUGUGGGACCUGUGCAAAAAGUUUUCGUCACAAAGUUAGUUUAACUCACCACAUGAGGCGU